GAUGAAUGGUACGUAAUCGGUGGCAGCACUCGACGGUCAAAAAAGUUUGCUGCCGCAAUUUCUUAUGGUUUCUAGGUUAAGACGGUUAAGACUUCUUGUGACAUGUGUAAACAUUGUUGUGUUUAAUAAAUGUUCAGUUAAGGAUUAAAGCGACGCUGAAUGCUGAUAAAUAAUUUUUUUCCACUACUGCACAACUUUUUAGAGGACCAACAGAGUGCAAUGACCGAAAAGUGAAUUGAACUUUGAUUUCAGCACAAUGUUGACGAGAUUUUAUGUACCAAUUUCACGACAUGCACGUCAGAUUGCAACCAAUCAAAAGGAAAAACUCGGUGUGAUAAUGGACGAGAAAACAUACAAAAGAAUCGAAAAUGAAGAACUAAAGGCACGUAAACAUCCAGGAAGGAUCACAAACAAUCGAGCUGUGCUGCCGGAUUGGCUUCAUGAUGCAGUGGACCAGGAAUUAGAGGACAUGCCGAGACAAACUUUAGUCGAAGACAGUAAAAGGUUGUCAAAUUUUUUAAAUGGAAGACAUGCACCCCCGGAAGUAUCAGAAGUGACGCAGAAAUAUUCGCAAAUUAGAGACGAAAUUGCGGCAUCGCGAGAAAAUACAAAACAAAAUGAAAAAUCAAUUGAGGAAGUGGAAAAUGCUGAUAGAGAUAAAGCCAAGCGCUUAUUGAAACGUGCUUUCCAUGUUUGGUCUCCCGUUAAUUACAACAGAUAUGCCGGCUUACUGUAUCUUGUUUCACGAAGCGCUCCCGACUACGCUAUACUUCAUAGGAUAUUCAAUGAAAUCAAAAAUCGAGAUGAAAACUUUCAACCCAAGUCUUUAAUGGAUUUUGGAUCCGGUGUUGGUACAUCUUUAUGGGUGACAUCCCAUUUUUGGCCGCAAACGAUCAAGGAACACCUGUGCAUUGACAUAUCUCAAAAUAUGAGUGAUUUAGCGGAAUCAAUUGUUGCCCAUGCCAAACCGAAAAUCGCAAAUGUUUUUUCUCGACAGUACAUACCAUUUUCAAGCAAAACUUAUGAUAUUGUCGUAAGCUCUUACACUCUGAUGGAAUUGCCGAACAUGCAAACACGUCUGGAGAGCAUUUCGAAACUGUGGGCAAGAACUCAACGAUACUUGAUUCUAGUUGAGCAAGGAACGAAUGCAGGAUUCAAAAUAAUCAACGAGGCUCGAGACUUUUUUCUUCACAUGCAACGAAAUAAUGAACAAGCGGAUAUUAAAAGUCAAAUAUUUUCACCGUGUCCUCACCAUUUCAAGUGUCCACGCUAUGCCACCGAUAACACACCAUGUAAUUUUGAAGUGUCUUACGAUCAUAUCAAGAUUGGAAGAACAUCGAGACCAGGAACGGAGCGUUUUUCGUACAUAGUUUUCAAAAAAGAUGAAACCGAAGACGAAACUAAAAAUUGGCCACGCAUCGUACGACCGGUGCUCGUACGAUCCAAACACACAAUUUGCAGGAUGUGCACAGCAGACGGGAAACUCAAAGAGAUUAUAUUCACCGCUUUCAAACACGGAAAAUGGAUGUAUUGGUGUGCGAGAUCCAGCAGAUGGGGGGAUCGUCUUCCUAUGGAAAUAACGUCUGAGAUGGUAGAAGAAGGAGAACUAGCCCAGUAUGAAGAAAAGAGAAUGGAAACAGAGGAAGAAGAAGAAGAGGAGGAAGAGGAAGAGGAAGAGGAAGAAGAGGAGGAGGAGGAGGAGGAGGAAGAAGCGAAAAAGCAGGGAGAAAAAAAUCUUCAAGAUAAAAAGCCAUGAUAUUCCUGGUUAUUUUUGCACAAAUUCUUUCCAACUAGAAAAUCCUUGUAAAUAAGAAAAAAACAGUAUAAUGAAAAACAAAAUUAAUUAAAAAAACUUGGAAAAUCUA